AUGGCUCGCACCAAGAAUCAAACUUGGGACUAUCAACUGGACUGCCAACAACAAUGUGCUCAUCUGGUGCCUCCUCAGACGAUUGGCAAAGAAGGAGAACUAAGCAGCAUUAAAACUCUCAGGUCGAGCAAGGCUAAGGAAAUAGCCUCUGUGCUGUUCCCCAAGUCAUACAAAGGCAAUGAAGACACCUUGGGCUCUCAUGUAAAGGGAAAGAUUGAAGAUGGCCUGGAAGGAAAUGACAAUGAAAACUUGCAGCCAUCAUCUCAGGAGGAGCAUCUUGCGUGUUACAUUCUGGCAGAUGGACCUGACAAGGGCACGACUUCUGAAGCUCAAAAUCUCUGGGAUGCUUACAUUUUCAAAGAGAAAAUUGUUGAAGGGUUUCCCUUCUUUCCCAAGAUGCACCAUCACUUGUGUGGCUGUCCUAAUGCCAUACUGCCUGUUGUCAUGACUGGUGUUGGUCCAACUGGCCAGCAUGUUGUCCACUUCCAGGCCAUUGAGGAUCAAUCCUCCUCUUCUACAGCAGCAGAGUUACCAUUGCAGCAAACAGGUGCUCCAGCUGUAACCCCUACAGAAGUCCUUGCAACUCCUAUGCAUACGCCGUCCAUGGUUUCUGGGGAAAAUGAUACAAAAGAGAACACCAAUCCACCACCAACAACUGGAGGGAAGCACACCCCAAAAGACUCCUCUUUCAUGGUCACAGAAGCCACCAUCGAGAAGGCUAAAGCUUUGAUCCAACAUGUUACUAAAAAGAGCUUUGAAGAUAGGCUUGCAGACACAACCAAAGCAAGUCUCAAGAGUGCUGAUGCAUGUGCAGCAGCCACAUUUCACAUUGAGAAGAAGUGCUUUCUCUUGGAACAGCUUUCUCAGAUUGACAAGCAACGUGACCAGAUCAUUGAUUUGUAUUGCUUGAAGGUCUAUUCUGAGGAGGAAGCAAAGUGCAAGCUUAAUGACAUUGAUCGACAUGAGGAGGAUUUUCAGUGCCCCAUCAAGCAAGCUUGUGCCCAUUCUCCGACCCCUCAGACCCCAGUUCGUCAUUCAUCUCCUAUUGAAAUUCCUUCUUCCCCUAUUUGUUUCUCAAGCCCUGACUGGGCCAUUGCCAAUGGUCUUUCCCUUCCAUCUCAGGAUACCACCCUUUAA